AUGAAGAGAUCUUCAGGGAAAAAGGAUACAACUUUCUUAGAGCAAUUGAUUCUAUACGCCGCAAGCGCUGCAUUGAGCAGCUUGGUUCUCUACGUGGGUCUCCGCCAGCUUGACCCGAAUCGCGACGCAGCUAAAAAGGCUCUCAAGCAUAAGAGAGAGCUCGCCAAGCGUUUGGGUCGUCCUCUUAUCCAAACCAAUCAAUACGAGGAUGUGAUAGCUUGUGAUGUGAUAAACCCACAACAAAUAGAUGUUGAGUUUGAUUCCAUUGGAGGCUUGGAAUCAACAAAGCAAUCUUUGUAUGAGCUUGUGAUUCUACCAUUGAAAAGACCUGAGCUUUUCGCUCAUGGGAAGUUGCUUGGUCCUCAAAAGGGCGUUUUGUUGUAUGGUCCUCCUGGAACUGGGAAGACGAUGCUUGCCAAGGCUAUUGCCAAGGAAUCUGAGGCUGUUUUCAUCAAUGUCAAGGUCUCGAAUCUUAUGAGCAAGUGGUUUGGUGAUGCUCAGAAGCUUGUGGCUGCUGUGUUUAGCUUGGCGCACAAACUCCAACCUGCGAUUAUCUUUAUCGAUGAGGUCGAUAGCUUUCUUGGCCAGCGUCGUUCGACUGAUAACGAAGCAAUGGCGAAUAUGAAGACUGAGUUUAUGGCUUUAUGGGACGGAUUCACUACAGACCAGAAUGCGAGGGUGAUGGUUCUUGCUGCAACGAACAGACCUUCAGAGCUAGAUGAAGCGAUACUGAGGCGUUUCCCUCAGGGGUUUGAGAUUGGGAUGCCUGAUUGCAAGGAGAGAGCUCAGAUACUGAAAGUGAUCUUGAAAGGAGAGAGGGUGGAGCCAAAUAUUGACUAUGAUCGUGUUGCUCGGUUGUGCGAAGACUAUACCGGAUCAGAUAUCUUUGAGCUCUGCAAGAAAGCAGCUUACUUCCCAAUCAGAGAGAUCCUUGAGGAGGAGAAAAAGGGCAGACAAGUCUCUGAGCCAAGGCCAUUGACACAGAAAGAUUUGGAGAAGGUUCUUGCUACAUCAAAGAAGACGCAGGUUGCCGCAAGCGAGUACUCUGGUUUAAGCUCGGUUUCGAGAAGCCCUAGGGAUAGAGACGAGGUCCAAGCAGCAAUAAAUGGCAUCUCAAAGCUGUUUGUGUCUCGGAUGAUGAACAGUCAGUCGGAUUCAAACCAGCGUGAUUCAGAAGAAGCUUCGGAUUAA